AUGCUCUUAGAUCAAGAUGUUCUGUUCACGAGACAGGAUCAGGAAAUCAUUAUUGCCCGCAACCAACGCAUGUCCCCGCUGCUCCAUCUUCCCUCAGAAAUGCGCAACCUGAUCAUGGACUACGCGUUAUGCGAGCUCGGAGGCCUGCACUAUCAAUCCGACUUAGGCGGCAUUGAUCGCCUGUACCCCAACCUCGAUCUCGUUACGAAAAAUUACAUCCAUGUCCUUUGCACCAAGUCAAGAAGUUUUUCGCCACCGUCAGCGAAAGACGUGCACGCUGUAUCAAUCUCAAAAUCGCACUGGACCUCGAACAAGAACGCUGGGCAUCAGCCUCACGCUGCUGCAUAG